AUGAAGAUCGAGGAGGUCGCGUCCACGACGAAGAGUGCCCGGGUGGCCUCGCACUCGCACGUCAAGGGGCUUGGGUUGCAGGAGGAUGGCACGGCUCACGUCAUCGCCGGCGGGCUGGUCGGCCAGGAAAAGGCCCGAGAAGCCGCGGGCAUCGUCGUCGACCUGAUCAAGAGCAAAAAGAUGGCCGGCCGCGCGCUAAUGCUCGCAGGCGCACCCGGAACAGGGAAGACCGCCAUCGCACUGGCGAUCGCAAGCGAACUCGGGCCGAAAGUGCCUUUUUGCCCAAUGGUGGGCUCGGAGGUACAGACUCAGUUUUGAUUAUUUUCCGCGCCGUUCUUGUCCUGGAUGUAUGUGAUUUGAGGACAUGGAGUUAUCAGCAAGCAUGCGAACUUUCUCGAACUAAAGAGCCACGUCAUGAUGAAAUUCCGUCCUAAAACUCUUGAACACAGGUGUACUCUUCCGAAGUUAAGAAAACCGAGGUGUUGAUGGAAAAUUGUAGAAGAGCAAUCGGCAUCAGAAUAAAAGAAACGAAGGAGGUUUACGAAGGAGAGGUUACGGAAUUGACACCCGAAGAAAAGCCGGAUCCGUCAGGCGGGUAUUGAUUUAAACGAUGAACAGACUCGUUUGGUUCUUCAAUAGUUUUUUGUAACUGUAUCUGCUACACGCACAAAAUGCAAGCUAGCUACAACUGAGCCUUCUGCACGCAUGAUUGUGAGUUCGAAUGAAAAGUGUCGGAUAAGUGCCGCGCGAAGGAUGAAAAUGCAUUUGAUGUUUGUACGAAUUAUCGGAUCAAUUCAAUUCACAAACAGGCCCGAAAAGCGAGUGACCAGCGUGAUGAUCGGCUUGAAGACAAUAAAGGGAUCUAAGGUGCUGAAGCUGGCGCCGAGUAUAUUCGAGGGCAUGCAGAAGGAGAAGGUAAACAUUGGCGACGUGAUCUACAUUGAGGCGAACACCGGAGCGGUAAAGCGCGUAGGGCGAUGCGAUGCUUACGCAUCAGAGUUCGACCUGGAAGCAGAGGAAUACGUGCCGGUAUAGCGAAUGUUUACUUCACAACUUUUUUGGCAUGCCCAUGCGUAAUUCUUGUUGGAGUUUUCGAUGAUACUUGAUUGCAAAGUGAAUUCUGUGAACUUGGAUUUUAGUGUGACGCUUUAUUUCCAAUAACCAAUACAGAUUCCCAAGGGCGACGUUCACAAGAAGAAGGAAGUUGUCCAAGACGUCACGUUGCACGACCUCGACUCAGCGAAUGCCAAGGUAUUUCCUUUGCCGAGCUUUUCUUCUGUAUUCUUACACCGGGAAAAAAAUCGAAAAAAUGCCUUCUCCCCUAGAUGGUAGAAUAAAUCAUAGACUCCUCAUCCAUUUAUUAAAGAAAAGAGCUAAAUUCGAUAUUCAAAACAGCCACAAGGAGGGCAGGACAUUGUGUCAUUGAUGGGGCAAUUCAUGAAGCAGAGAAAAACCGAAAUCACCGACAAGCUGCGAAAAGAGAUCAACAAGGUCGUGAACAGGUACAGAUAAUCCCGUGUUUGCUGUAUCCAUGCGUGGCAUAACCGUAAUAUGUAAGGUCUAUGCGUGAGCGUGAGCAAGUGCAUCCUAUAUCGAGACCGACAGAAAUAAUGAGGAAAAAAACACACUAUACCAGGUAUAUCGACCAGGGCAUCGCGGAACUCGUUCCCGGUGUGCUCUUCAUCGAUGAGGUGCACAUGCUCGAUAUCGAGUGCUUCACCUACCUCAACAGAGCUUUGGAAUCCACCCUAUCCCCCAUCAUCGUAUUCGCGACCAACAGAGGAAUCUGCACCAUUCGAGGUACUUCUACGCUUUUCUGGAGAGGAAAAUUUUGAUCGCAUUCACAUUGCAUUCAUUGAUUUUCUUUUUCUCUCGUUGCAUUACUAAAACUUUUUUUCCAAAUGACGGUAUCUCAUUCUCAAGCUGUCAAAACCCUCGUCCCAGGUACGGAAAUCGUGUCCCCGCACGGUAUGCCGGUAGAUUUGCUGGACCGGCUGAUCAUCGUGCGUACCCUGCCCUACUCCGUCGAGGAGAUUGCGACCAUCGUCCGCAUCCGGGCGCAGACGGAGAAGAUCGAGAUCGCGGACGAGGCAAUUGAGGUGCUGGGGGACAUUGGGUUGAACACCAGUUUGCGCUACGUGUCCCAGUUACUCACGCCGGCCAUCAUCAUCGCAAAGUCCGCCGGGCGGGAUUCCAUCGAGAAAGACGACAUCAUUGAAAUCGACGACUUAUUCUACGACGCCAAGUCCUCCGCCAAAAACCUCGCUGCCAACGCCGACAAGUACAUAUCUUAAGGUUCAUCUGAAGGAGUAAGUAGCACAUCAGUGCACCGGGGAGACAAGAAUCGCUGAGCUUUUGGUCGCUGUGACUGCGAUCCGCAUCGCCGGGUGCUUGUGGGUUUUUUGAAAGAAAAAUCGAAUCGCAUCGUGAUAUGCAGACGAAAUGGGGGCCGACCAGGCACGGGAUAUGGCAAUGAAGACGCGUUUUUUUUCUUUCAAGAGUUCCUGUGGCGAAAGCUGAAAGCAUCUAUCCUUUUUCUUCUAGGUACUGACCUCAGAGUAUAGACUUUUUUACGUAAAUAUGUACUAGUUUGCUUGUUCUGGCGAUCUUUCGAGUAGCGAACUUGCAGUCAAGCUGUAAGUUCCGAGAGUUCUUGGCACUAGCUGGCUGCGACAGCUGUCACCAGCGUUGGGCUUGGGAGUAAGAGCUGAGAUAAUUUUGGCGACGGGUUCUUGACACUCAAAAUUUAUUGUUUCUGCUGCCACGAGGUGAAGCAGAGCAAAAGCGAAACAGACGGAAUUUUAUUUGCGGCACCAACGGAGAUGUUUUGCC